ACUGCUGUAGAGACAGAUGACUGCGCCAUUCCCGUGCGGCCAACGUGGUCGGUCCACGAACUAUUGUCUUCUUAUGCCAAACCUACUAUCUCUCCUGCCACCCUUGCUCAUCUUCACCGCCUCUCGGCUCUAACACCCCCGGAUGAAGGGUCCCAAGAGCACCGGACGUUGACGACGGAAUUGGAGGAGCUGAUCAAGCUGGUCGAGGCUGUGAGGACUGCAAAUCUCGGCGGUUCUAAUACUCCAAAGGACGAGACUGGCAUCCCUGACGGACGCAUUUGGCCGGAAAACAUAGGUAUCGAUAUUCAGAGCCGGCAGGAACUUCAGAAGGAAUUUGGUGAUGGGCGUCGACUCUUAGCACAUGCUACAAGGACGGAGCGUGGCCUAUACUUGGUGGAGAAUGACAGAAGC